UCGCAUUUCUGUUGAGCUAAUCCAGGUGCUGCACAGGUUGAAAUUUGCAAAGCAAGUUGUUAGUGAAAAUAUCUGAAAGCUCAGAUUUUUAGCUGUGCUCAAAUGUUUUGUUGUGCCCAGCUGGGAAGAGAACACACCGAUCCCUGACUGGAAUAUCACGAGCGUUAUUUCCUCCAGGCGUAUGUGUUCAUUGGUGCUGUUUUAUCCAACCCCUCAGAACACUGUGUUCUUUUGUCUGGAUUUAUGAAAUAUGUUUCGUUUGUGCAUUGAUUCGUUUUGUGUUUGUUGUUGCUUUUUAGCAUUAUGCAGUUGACCCUCUGUUUCUCUGAAAACACUAUCUAUCACUUUAUUAGUGGCACUUUCUAAGGCAAGCAUCACUGUUACUAUUGCUCAUAAGAGCUGAAACCCUAAAGGCUAGGAUAUACUAAAUUUUUCCAUGUGCCAUUCCACCCUGCAAGCAGUGAAGUGCUCAGCCUUUCAAAGUUUAUUCUUUUGACCACGCUUUCAUAGAAUGCAUGUGCACAUAAAACACAUAUGCACUAUGACUACUUUGUAAUACUAUUUUAAUACAUUCAACCGCAGGCGGACUGUCCACUUGUCUAGUAAAACUAGGCUGCACAAGUACAGUCCAUGCAUACUGUGCAGAUGACAAAAUUUACAUCAAGCGCACUGUGUGUGAGAUGUACCGGCACACACAAAAAAGAAGUACUUGGCCUUAAAGGAAUAUUCCGGGUUCAAUACAAGUUAAGCUCAAUCUUAUAUGUGGCAUAAUGCUGAUUACCACAAAAAUGUAUUUUAACCCUCCUUUUCGAGGUUAUAAUGAGGUACUUACAAUGGAAGUGAAUAUAGGCCAAUUUUUGGAUGGUUUAAAGGCAGAAAUGUUAAGCUUAUAGUCUUAUAAAAGCACUUAGUUAAAUUCUUUACAAGUUGUGUAUGAUUUGAGCUGUAAAUUGUUUAAAUUGUCGUUUUUGCACGAUUACAGGGUUUAUAGAGUUACAUUGCCAUCGUAACGUAGCAAUUUUAUCACACUAAAAUCAUUUUAACGCACAUAUUGUUUCCAUCUUGUGGCAGUGAGUAUUUUAACAUUUACAGAUUUGCCCCAUUCACUUCCGUUGAAAGUGCAGUAUUGCAACCUAGAUUUUUGUUUUUAAAGAAAAUGACAUGCUGAAAUAAAUUUUUGUGGUUAUUAGGGAUGUCUACAUUACAUUGAAGGAAGAUUUUGAACAAUAUCUGGGGUCCAGAAUAUCACAGAGACUUUGGUGUGGGCUCUUUUGACUUGGGCCUGUAUGUAACCACCUAGUUGGCAAUGUGAUUCUGUGCGUGAGUGUGCAUUUUUAUACACCUGCUAACUUCAGUGCGUGCAGAGUUGCCAGCAGCUCAUUUUUGCUGAUUCCUGAGCUUAUUUUUAAAUCUGUUUUGUGUUGUGACGUAAGAGCAGCAAAUGCACAUUACAGGUGAUGAAUGGUCAGGUUGCUGGUGUGUCCCGUUAGACUGAAUGGAUCAUAGUGAAGAACCACACACACACACAUGCACAGUUGAAAUCAGCUGACUUCUCUAAGAAACUACCGGUACCACUGCCAUUCACUAUUUAUCUCUCCAUCCUUCCUCUUUCCCUCAUGUGUUGUUAUACUCGCUGAGCACUUCAUUAGUUACACAAUGGUCUUAAUAAAGUGCCUGAUGUGGUCUUCUAUUGUUGUAGCUCAUCCGCCUCAAGGUUCAACAUGAUGUGCAUUCUGAGAUGCUAUUCUGCUCACUACAAUUGUACAGAGCGGUUAUCUGAGUUACCAUAGCUUUUCUGUCAGCUCCAAACAGUCUGGCCAUUAUCUUUUGACCUCUCUCAUCAACAAGGCAUUUCCUUCCACAGAACUGCAGCUCACUGGAUGUUUUUUUUUUUUUUUUUUUUUCUGAGAAAACUCUAGUGACUGUUGUGUGUGAAAAUCCCAGGAGAUCAGCAGUUACAGAAAUACUCAAACCAGCCCAUCAGGCACCAACAAUCAUGCCAUGGUCGAAAUCACUGUGAUCACAUUUUUUCCCCAUUCUGAUGGUUGAUGUGAACAUUAACUGAAGCUCCCGACCCGUAUCUGUGUGAUUUUAUGCUUUACACUGCUGCAACACGAUUGGCUGAUUAGAUAAUUGCAUGAAUAAGUAGGUGUACGGGGGUUACUAAUAAUGUGUUCAGUGAGUUUAUAUCAGUCUAUUACGACUCAAGACAGUCUCUGAGACAUUGAUGGUGAAAUUGCUCUCUCUGCUGGUGAACUGACCACUGCUGAAUCACAGGUGAGGAAACAAGCUGCUCUGAAUACACACACACACACACACACACACACACACAGAAACACACACAGAGAAUGAAGGAUCUAGGUCACCGCAGGACAAGAUAUGGGCUGUGCAGAGAGAGAGAAAGAGGGAGAGAGAGGAGAGGAGGGGGUGAGGUAAGUUCAGUAUGAGGAGUCUUUGGUAGGGUGUGUUUGUAUCGCAUGCUGGACUUAUGAGUUCAGAUCAACAUGGUUCAGAGCAGGACUUUAUCGUGUACCUCACCCGUCAAACAGGGCUGCCACCCGCGAGUAUCCACUCUUAGGAAAAGACUCCACUUCCGCCGGGACCACACUGCCAGUAACUCGAACCGCAGCACGCCGGCCUGUUCACCCGUCCUGCGUAAACGCUCGCGCUCCCCAACGCCCCAGAGUCCAGAGGGAGAGAACAUGGUGGAGAAGAGCUCAGAUCAUUCCUCCGACAAAUCCACCUCCACCCCAGAACAAGCCGCUCAGCGCACACACAGCCAGACGCCUCACACCACCCGCCCUGGCGGCAAAAACUCCAAGAAAAGUCAAAGCUGGUAUAACGUUUUGAGUCCCACAUACAAGCAGCGAAAUGAAGACUUCCGGAAGCUCUUUAAGCAGCUGCCUGACACUGAGCGUCUCAUCGUGGACUACUCCUGUGCUCUGCAGAGAGAUAUUCUCCUGCAGGGUCGCCUCUACCUCUCAGAAAACUGGAUCUGUUUCUAUAGCAACAUCUUCCGCUGGGAAACGCUGCUGACUGUGAGGUUGAAAGAUGUCUGCUCCAUGACGAAAGAGAAAACAGCUAGACUCAUUCCCAAUGCCAUUCAGCUGUGCACAGACAGUGAAAAGCACUUUUUUACCUCAUUUGGUGCCAGAGAUCGAACAUACAUGAUGAUGUUCAGACUCUGGCAAAAUGCUCUCCUGGACAAGCCAUUAUGUCCCAAAGAGCUGUGGCAUUUUGUCCAUCAGUGUUAUGGGAAUGAGCUGGGUUUGACCAGUGACGAUGAAGAUUAUGUACCUCCUGAUGAUGACUUCAACACCAUGGGGUACUGUGAAGAGAUUCCCGCCGAAGUCAAUGAAGCCAUCGACAAUGGCCCCAAAACCCCUGAAGCUAAAAUAGACAUCAGCCCCCAGCUCCACAGGAAAGUGUUUCUAAAUAGCAGUCUCAAUUCCAUGGACAGCACGGAUGCACCGGUCAAUUUUGACGUGCCCCCAGUGGAAGAUUUUACAGAUUGUGUUCCAGAAGAUCUACCGCCCCUGCCUUUACCUGACAACAACAUGACAGAGACCAGUGGCUCCGCCCCUGUUCCUGCCCCCUCCAUUGACUUCAACGACAAUGAGGACCUGCCAACCGAACUCAGCGACUCCUCAGAAACACACGACGAGGCAGGGGAAGUGCAGGCCUUCCAGGAGGAUUUGAAUGGGAAGCUUUACAUUAAUGAGGUGUAUAAGUUUAGUGUGGAUAAAUUGCAUGACAUCCUAUUCACCGAAUCACAGUUCAUGAGGGACUUUCUGGAGCAGCGACGCUUUUCAGGUGUGGUUUAUCACCCCUGGAGGAAAGAAGAAACGGGUAAUCAGACCAGAGAGAUCAUGUACACCAUCUCCCUCUCCAACCCGAUGGCCCCAAAGACAGCCACAGUCACAGAGACACAGACUUUGCACAAUGCCAGUCAGGUGAGCGAGUGUUACAUCAUCGACGCUGAAGUCAUCACUCACGAUGUCCCGUAUCACGAUUACUUUUACACGCUCAACCGUUACAUGCUCACUAGAGUCGCCAAGAACAAGUGCCGCCUGAGGGUAUCGGCUGAACUGCGGUUCAGGAAGCAGCCAUGGGGAUUGGUCAAGGGCUUCAUAGAGAGAAACUUCUGGAGUGGCCUGGAUGAAUAUUUCAGAUAUUUAGAGUUGGAGUUGGGUAAGAUACAACUGCUGUUUUCUGAACCUCACAAACAGUCUCCCAAAUCCAAAGCAUUACGCACCGCUACAGUGAGGCGACGGAAACGCCCCCUGACGCACAUGAGGCAGCAGCACCUGGACGAGGCGCUCAGUCCCGUCAACACACCUGAGGACGGGAAGAGUGUCGUCCAUCGCAUCAAACACGUGGCAGGAUCCACGCAGACCAGACACAUCUCAGAACACAGAUCCGAAGGCCUGGCUCUCUACAGCGUUUCCAAACUUUUGCUCAUCAUCAGCUCUGUUCUGGUGCUGCUGGUAUUUUUAAAUAUGAUGCUGUUUUAUAAGCUCUGGAUGCUGGAGUACACGGCCCAGAGUUUGACCUCCUGGCAUGGUCUCAGGUCUCAUGAAAGUAAACUUCCGCAGACACAAAUAGAAUGGGCCCAACUUUUGGACUCUCAGCAGCGUUACCAUGUAAACGAGCUGGAGAAAUGGAGGGAAAUAUUAAAGUCAUCUGUACUGUUGUUAGACGAGAUGAGAGAAUCUUUAAUGAAGCUACAGAAAGGUGCUGGAUUAAGAGACUACGAAUCUGAGAGUGAGGAGAAAAAAACACGCCAUCACUGACAAACAGAGUCCCAGCUCAGCAAACGUAAGGAACAUCUCCACUUGGAAGAGAUUUAAUGAGCUGGGCCGGUCGGGGAUGGAUAGGGUGGGGCAGAUGAAGUGGGCGGCACCAACUUAAAUGCUCUCACCAUCUGGCUGCAAUACCUGGAAUUGUUGUCAGUCCUUUCUGACAGUUGACACGGAAACCCUGCGCUAUCAUCUGUCUUCUCUUUCUCGUAUUUUUCCAUCUUUUCUUUCUGCAUUUUGCUGUCGGAUCACGACGAUAAGAAAUCAUCACCCAGGGCUAAAACAAACCAACAAACCAAAACAAUUCAAUUACAAAACUGUCACAGACUGUCUGGUGUAAACAUCUGAAAGACUAAAUGGGAUGUUUAACGCAGCAGCAUCCCCUUUCUUAAAAGGAGUCUGGGACCAAAAAAUAUGGAGUUAUUUGGACAUGUAUACAUUUAUUUAUUUAGAAAAUAUGGAAUUGAAGUAUAUAAUGAAUACACAUGAAAAUAUAUUAUUUGUAAGUAGAGUUAUAUUUGUUGCCAGAGUUAAUUUAUAACAGUCUUCCAUGGAGAAUCAAGGCUGGUUCCUUGAUAGCUUGCGCCAUGGUGCAUCAACUAUAUGCAACUUAUUUUUCCUCCUCUGUGUGGAGGAGUUACAUACUUUCCCUGAUUGAUUUGUAACAGUCACUUUUGUGAUUGAAUGACGGUAGAUUUAUCGACUGUGUCAUUGGCUGCAUUCCAAUUUUUCAUACUUCUACUACGUACUAAAAGUGUCUGCUUCACUAGUGAUGGGGGAUAAAGGGAUAAUUCACCCGAAAAUAAAAAUUCUGUUAUCAUUUAAUUACCAUGUUGUUCCAAACCUGUAUGAAUUACUUUCUUCUAGCUCAACCAAUGGUAUGAGCUUUGGGCAGGGCUAUCUUUUUGCCCAACCAGUGGAAGACGGGUGGGAGUAUUUGGGUAAACUUGUUGGAAAAUUAGUUUAGUGACACUAGGUGCAGAAACCACACACUUCUCUUUAAGGUUCAUACAUUUAAAAACUGCUGUGGCAGCUUUGGCCUUGCAGUUCUUGUCAGUUUUCGAUAAUUAAAAAGUCGACAUGGAAGCAUCACAAACUCCUCCUCUUCUAAAGGGACUAUAGGCAACAUUAGCCGCAAAGGAUUCACGAAUGCACACUUUGACAAUCCACUGGAAAUAGUGCAUUUUUGGCAGGAUAUUUCUAAUGCAGUAUGAUUUUGGACAUACUAAUCCUUUUCUGGCAUAGUAUUUAGAACAUCUAUUAUGCAAAUUGGGAUGCAGCCAUCAUGUCUUACAAGCUUGUGGUCAACCAAAUCUCUCAUGCUGUAACAGUUGUGGAGUAUCAGUGGUUAACGAUAAAAACUGCAGCAUCCAUUCACUUGUGAAUUAUUUAUUUUUACAUAAAUAUGUUUCUGUUUUGUCCCAGGGGUUCAUUUAUAUCCUGCAGGCAGAUGUAAACAACUUCAUAUUGCCAAGCUUUUCAAAUGUGUUUUUAUUUUAAAGCCAUUUUAUGACUUUUGUCCAAUGUCUUAUGUUGUCUCUGUGUAUUGAUGGAGACUUUGAUGCUAAAUUAACUGUUGGAAGGGUGACAGACACAUAUCGGUCAUGUGAGAACAUAUCGAAUGUGAUUUGGUCAGUUGCAAUGAAGCUGGACAGCAUUAUUUUAUUGAUUCUUUCUUAAAGAGAGACCAGCAAAUGUUUUUUUUUUGUUUUGUUUUUUUUGACUGAACUGUGAAUAAUUCCAAUUAUGCUUGACUUUAAACUGAUCAGUAUUCAGAGCCUCUGGCAAAUAUAACUACAAUUGUUUUUAAUUGUUCAACUUACUUAUAAAGGUCAACGUAACCUUAACCUCUUGCGGUGCUACAAGCAAAGUUGUGUCUUCUUGUAUGAAAACCCAAACACAAAAGCCCAAAAGAGUGUAAUAAUAACACCUCUUGACACAUUGAGCUGUGGUGCACAUGUGGGCGACACGGGUUCAAGUCCAGUUUCGAAUCCAUUUCUUGAUCAUGUUCUCUCCUACCCAUCAUUUCUUGUCAUUCUCUUAUUAUCUCUAUCUAUAAAAGUGGCAAAAAGGACAAAAAAAUAAAAGUAGAAAAUGUAUUUACUGGACUGGAUUUAUUGCUAAGCAAGAAUUUUACAAUCAAUUAAUGGUAGUCUGAUUUGUGUAAUUAAAAAUCUGGUAUUUUUUGAAGACUUCCACUUAUUAUACUGAGUGUUCCAGUUUAUGAUUGGUGUAGAUUCCAAAAAUUCUGAAUUUUAGAAUUUGAUUUAUUCUGUUAGGGAGUCGACUGUCUGCCUCAUUAAUUUUUUGAUUGACUCAUAAAUUAGUCUGUAACACUUUAAAAUAAGGUUCAAUUUGUUAACAUUAGUUAACAACAUUAGUUAACAUGAACUAACAAUGAACAAUAUAUUUAUUCAAGUUUGUUGAUAAAAGUACAAUUGUUCAUUGUUAGUUUAUGUAAACUAAUGUUGUUAACUAAUGGUAACAAAUGGAACCUAAUUGUAAAGUGCGAACAAUUAGGCCUUGCCAUGUUAAAAGCAAUGUGGAUAUACACAUUGAUACAAAGAUAAAAUCAUGUCUCGGAUGGACUGAUUUGAUGUGUCAGUCUUUCACUGGUGGGGUCACUCAAGGUCAGCUGGAUCUUAAAGGAAUAUUCUGGGUUCAAUACAAGUUCAGCUCAAUCGACAGCAUUUGUGGCACAAUGGUGAAUACCUCAAAAAUUAAUUAUGACCCGUCUCUCCUUUUUCAUAAAAAAAGAAAAGAAAACAAAUCGAGGUUACAGUGAGGCACAAUGGAAGUGAAUGGGGCCAAUUUUUGGAGGGUUUAAAGGCAGAAAUACGCAUACAUUAAUUCUUCUGUUAAAACGUAUGUAUUAUUUGAGCUGUAAAGUUGUUUGAAUCGUCACUUUUCCGGGAUUACAGGGUUUAAGAAUAUAAUUCGCCAUGGCAACGAAGUUGUAACAUUGGAUAUAACUUUACGCAGAAAAGGUAAGCGAUUUUAUCACACUAAAAUUAUGUUAUCACACAUAUUGUUUAUAGCUUGUGGCUAUACUUUUGAAACAGUGAGUAUUUUAAAGUUUACAGAUAUUCUCCAUUCACUUCCAUUGUAAGCACCUCACCGUAACCUACAUUUUUGCUUCUUUAAAAAAAUGAGGGAAGAGUCAAAAUACAUUUUUGUGGUAAUGAACAUUAUAUCACAAAUGCUGUCGAUUGAGCUUAACUUGUACUGAACACGGAAUAUUCCUUUAAUCCUUGCUGGUCUUGUAUCCAUAUGUAAUAGAUAGAUAGUUAGUCACCCUCAUGUUGUUCCAAACUUGUAUGAUUUUCUUUCCUCUGUGGAAUUUAAAAUUAGAUUAUAGACAGAAUUUCAGUCUCAGUCACCAGUCACUUUCAUUGUAUUGAAUAAAAGAUGCAAAAAACGCUAAUGGAUCCACAUUAGAAAGACAUAUAGGUUUGGAGCAACAUGAGGGUAAGUAAAUGAUGACAAAAUUUCCUUUUGGGAUGGACUAUCCCUUUAAGAAUGGAUGCUUUGGUACUUUAUUAUCAUGGGGACAGGGAUGACCACCCACAAAAUAUCAACAGAGAUAAAUCAGAGAGCAUUUCCAGUCAUAGCAGUCUCCUCUCAUUCAUACGUUAUUAAGUUUCACUAGGGUUUAAUGACUCUCAUGAUGGUUUUGUUGCUUUAAAAAAAUGGUCCAGGAAGGGGACUACAGUUCAUAUGUGUCUCUCUACCUUCAUGUACAAUAUCAUAUUUUAAACCAAUAUGCAGUACAUAAUGUGCAAUGGCUGUGUGUUCAACUUCAAGUAGAGUGUGUAUGAAUCCACACAUGGACCGCCUCUGUGUGAAUGUAUUUAUUUGGAUGUAAUCUGCUGGUUUUUAAAGCACUGGAGAUUUAGAGGGCAAAAAUCUUUUGAUGUCAAGAACUUGGAGGCCAAAAUGCAACAAUGGUGCAACACUGCACACUGUCAGGCCCUAAAAAUAGGCCUAUUAUUUUUCUGUACUGUAUACUAUGUGAAGAGACAGGAUGAUUGCUUUUCUGUGGCUGUGACUGUUAUGGUCCAGACUUAUUGAAAAUGCAUUGAUUGUCUAAUUUGUAUUUAUUUAUUUCAUUAUGAUUUCGAAAUUAUUAAAAAUCAUGUCAAAUUCAGCAGCAACACACAACAGAACACACAGCAUUAGUUUGGUCUGUUUUCCCCCAAAAAAACAUUUAAAAUGUAAAUCUUUUCAAAUUAUCAAAUAAAAUCAUAAAAUGUCUUCGAAUACGUUCACUAAACCAAUUCCAGAAAUCAGACACCCUGAAAGUUCAAUGUUUUUCUGUUAUUGGUUUUGUUACCAAGGAAAAUAUUUCUAUCAGGAGGACUCGCAGACUUGAGUAAAGUUUAAGAUGACAUUUAUUUGAUGAAUAUGAAACAGGAAUGUAAUGUCUCUCUUUGGCGUAAGUCCCAUCUGGCGGUCCGAAGAAGUUGUACUUGGAACUGUCAGAUCAUGCCGGAGAUAGGAGGCAGGGGCGAGUAGCCUACCCUCGUGCAGGACGGGACACAACUGGUGGUGGUGGGUGGUGGAGGUUGCUGUGUUGGCACACUGAAACAGCAAUGUGAUAGAUUGUAAGCAGACUUAUAAAGCGAUGGCUGACACAUGAGCUAGGAGUUACCUAGCUAAUGGUGCGAUGAUGUACAGCUGCGAGUCUUCCUGCUAAAACUACGCUGCGGUUACAUAUGUAGUACCCUCAAAAUUUUUAUGAAGUAGCUUCCAGCCUUGAAACAAAGUAAUUAUUGCUAAAGAACUUAAUCAAAAUGUAAAAUUAAAAAGGUUUAAGGAAUAAAAAUUACAACAUUUUGAAAAUGUAUUGUAAUUUAAAACAGUGAGUUUACAAAUGUGUUUUUUUUACUAAUUAAAUUUCUCUAUUCAAAAUGUAAAUACACACAAGUAUACUGAAAUGUAUGUAUAUGUUGUGUACAGUGCACAUCCAACAUGCGCUGGCCGCACUGUGUGGGAUUCAUGGAAAACUUUCAGAUGAAAUAUAAUAACUACAUUUGUGUUGUCAAGAAAUAAGUGGAAUGAAUAAAAGUAUUUAAGAGAUA